AUGAGUCGCAAGGAAGCUCUGUCAUCAUUUAUCCAACAAAUUCACGGGCGACCGGUUGUAGUGAAAUUAAACAGCGGUGUGGAUUAUCGAGGAGUUCUUGCCUGUUUGGACGGCUACAUGAACAUAGCUUUAGAGCAAACCGAAGAAUAUGUAAAUGGUCAACUCAAAAAUAAAUAUGGAGAUGCAUUUAUAAGAGGAAAUAAUGUUUUAUAUAUAAGUACACAGAAACGCAGGAUAUAA